UACCCCAUAAUAAGGAGGCUUUAGCUAGCCAUCUUUGAAACUGAGCAAUGUAUAGACGUUGUAUAGUAAAAAAAAAUAAUAUAUACACACCACUCAUCGUACCAUUUACCAGUUCUUCCUGUUGUUUGACUAAACCUUUCUGUAAAACAGUGAAAAUGUUUCACUACUAUAUUUUCAAUUUUAAAUACUUAAAUAUCAGACUGUGAAAUUAUGAUAAUAAUUACAAAACACUAAUUCCCAUUUAUAUUCAUGUACCAUUUUGAACGAGUCAAGUUAACAGAGUCCGCAUAGAACAGAACACGUUGGAGUACAAAAUUCGCACAUUCGUAUGAUUAUAAUAAAGAACUGGAGCAAUCCCGAGUUUAAAUGUGUUCAUUUUCAGAGAAGUUUCAGAGAAACGCGUAUCCCAAUGGGAGGCGCUCAUGAGGAAAUUUUCACAAGCUCACAAAGAAGUAUGCAAGAGUGUGUCCGUUGAUAUCCCGAGGGUGGAGCGCUCCUUGAAACAGUUUCCAACGGGAUCCAAAUAUAAAGGCACCUGGGAUGUGCUCGGAAUGAGCGGUUAUGGAACUUACACUUUCCCUAAUGGUAACGAAUUCCAUUGGAAUUCCUAUUACUAUUCUUUUUAAUCUACCAAUUUCUAUUUUUAAAACCGUAAUUGGUGUUCAUGAUUACGGUUUUAAAAAUUAACUAUAAAAAAAUGUAUGUACCCAUAGUGUAGUAUGUGAAUUUGUGAGGAGAAAUAAAGAAAAUUAUUAUUAUUGUCUCUGCAUGUUUAAAAAUCUUUAAGUGGAGUAAAAAGCAGCAUGCGUUUUAGUUAAGGUAUGUUUAAGUCUAUCUAAAUAUACACAGCCACUUCUCAUAUUUUCAUAAAAUGUUCCGCCUCCUUUUACAAACCAAAGGUCGAACAAAUUAAGGUUUUUACAGACAUACGAGAGAUUUGUAUAACCUGAAGUGCUGGUAAUUGUAUCAUAUUUUACAUUACCAGUCUGUGAUGUAUAUAAUGGCCAUGUCAUGUAUUUUAAUAUUUUCUGCCUACCCCCAAUUAUCAUACUAAUGAUAUCUACCAAGUCGACCUUAAAUAUUGCGCAGAGAGACAAACAUUUGAUUAAUAAAUUUAAUGAUGUAGUACUGCGUAAAAUAGAGCAUCGAAAACGACUUUUGUUUAAUGACAAUAAGUAAUUAAAUGUUCGAGUAUGGUGUCUUACACAUUUAUCAUUUAUGCCUUUAAAAUUAGAUUAUAUUACAACAAAAAUUAGGUUCCAUUGUAACUUUGAACUUAUCAAUAUAUUAACGCGUACCUUUAGAUAUACAUGCGAUCUAGUUUUCUUGUUAUGGAUUAUAGUUUUAAGCAUGACUAUGGUUCACUAUCAAUUUGAAAUGAACCCUGAUUAACUAUAGAAGUUAUAUACGAUGGAGAGUUCAACGACGGCAUGUUUCACGGUGACGGCGAAUUGCGAUAUCCGUGUGGCGCCAUCUUACGGGGAAAAUGGCGACGGGGCUCACUCAUAGAGAGGACGCUGGUGUUCGCUGACAAUCUAGAAUAUAGCGAAACUGAUUGGAAGUACUGCAGGAUGCCUGACAGACGGUUUACAAUCGAGUACGAGAAAGGUCUUCAACCGGCCGGCCAGUCGUUCCUGACUGCCGAGCAGCCUACCCGGGAUAUACCGCCAGGAUUCUACGACACUGGGGAUGGCUUCUACGAUCCUAAGACGAAGGUGGUCUACAAAGCAGACGACCUAACAGCGAUACUCAGAUCGCCUUCCGUUCGCGAGAAGAAAUGGAUCAUGGAGAACUGUCGCAUGUGCCCUGAGAAGGAGGUCGGACCAAGGCCAGACCUUUACGAGGAGUGGUCGAAACCGACGGUGGUGCCAGAACAGUCGCCUGAAUCCGUAAACAACACGCCGAGAGCCAGAUCAAAGAACGAAGUGGUUAGAAACUCUUCCGACUACCCUCCACCGCAGAAAUCAAUUUGUAAGCUCCACUCUUUACGCGGGUCAGAAGGCAGCGGAACGUCCAGCACUACCUCGUCUGAUGUAUCACGCGAAAUCAAUUCUUUGUGUCCAUCCGAUGGAGAUUUGGGUGACAUCAGUUCGUUGAGUAUAUACUUUUCUAGUGAUACGUCUAAAACAAGGUGAAGAUUAUCGGAACCGUAGACUAAAGCUACUCCAUUCCCUGAGACUCAACGCGCGAGAAAAGUUCGCUUUUCACAGACGCAAACACCUAUAAGUAAAAUCAUCACACCCAAUCAUAUCAAAUUAUACAU